AUGACGUCCGCUGCCGGCAUCUACGACGACGACCUCAACAUUGCCCAUGCCGUCUUGCUCAAGAGCCAGCAGCAGUUCAUCAUCCGCACCACCUUUUCAUGGCUACCCGUCCUGUCUCUGGGCCGCCAGCUGUUGACACUGCCGCUCUUUUGCUCAAUCAUCCUGCUCCAGCUGGCAAUUCUCGCCGUCAUCAAAAAUGGCCUGGUUCAAACCUCAUGCCGCAAAAUGGCAAAAACAAAGCCCACCUCGCUCGACGGCCGAAGCCAAAAGCUGUCAAAGCCAACCUGGAAGCCCAAAGACGCAGCCGCACCAAAUCUAAAGCCGGCCUCUCCCCCCAAAACAAAUCCCUGGAAUCGAAGCCCGAUCCCAGCAGCUUCCGAUCAUGAAGAUUCCCCUACCAAGACUCAGCCGCUGGCGGAUGAGGAAUUUCCAGAGCUGGGCACUUCUGGAGCAGCCGCCGACACCGCAGCCAGCGAAACAGCAGAGACUCACGCAUCUCCGCCAUGCGACGUGUCGAAAUCAAGCUGCUCGACAAAUGAAGAGACACAAUCUGAAGAGUCCAUCUCUGGCGUUUCUCGAAUCAGCACGCCGACGAGGUUGAUCCUGGAAGAGGAGGCUGACCAGGCUGCCAAGAUCCUUUGGAGACAUCCCUUUGGAUCAAACGUCUAUUUGUACGUGGAAAAGAGCGUGUUUCAGCUGCACCGCGAUAUCCUCACGCGGCGCUCGGGAUGGUUUCGCGACAAGCUCCCUCCACCAAACCAGGACGGAUCGCCCGUCGAGAUACAUCUGCCACACGCCAUCGGGGCGGUACAGCCUUGCCUCUUCUUCAUGUACACCAAAAACCUCGAUAUUUGCGAGCGAGACUCGAGCCAGCCGCUCAACUUUAUACACAUUCCCCGUUGUGUCCUCGCCUAUUGCGCAGCAGUCAACUUUCAGAUUCCCGCAAUGGCAUCGCGCAUCUUGUCCAUCCUCGAAGACACUUCCAAAGAUCUCUCCACAUACCUCAACUCCUACUACAUCUACAAGGAAAUGGACUACAAAACCAGCAGGUCCAUUGCCACCUAUUUCAUCAGCUCCGUCGACAUUUUAUAUUCAGAACCGCUAUUCGAGCUGAUGAAGCCGAUGCGCCACGCUCUCGCUGGUCUCUUGGACGCACUGCUCCCGUCUCUGCUGCGCCAACCGUAUUUCCCCGAGAUCCUAUGCAUGCCCUCGUGGAAGCGGUGGUCGGCUGCCAUUGCUGCGGACCAAGUAGAAUAUCGAACGGCACUUGGCCACUACCGAUCGUCGACAGAGUCCAUCUUGCCGAGCGAGCUUGAGCUGGAGGCUUUAUUUGAUCGUGUGCUGGGGCAGUAUGACCUCUACCAGAAGAACAAAGCCGAUGCAAGGAAUUAUUCCGAGCAACAUGCCAGAAGGGGGACACCUGAUAGCUUUGACGGACAAGACAGAGCUUCAGCAACGAGCCAUGGUUGGAAGAAGAGAGAGGCCAGCAUCAAAGAGUACAGCGAAGAAGAGUCGACGCUGGUGUACCAGGCCCCAAGCGUUGCGGGAAGCACAGGCAGCGACACAGGCACCUGGAACUCGUUUGGCACAGACGGCGCGGACGCGGACGCAGCAGAAGCAAAAGCAGAAGCAGAAGCAGAGAGGCCACCGAGCACCAGCCCCAGAGCGUAUCAUAGCAGAUGUAUGAGGACCAAGUCCAAUGCAUCAGCAGGGGGAGGCCAAGGCAUGAGCGGUAAGAAGACGAAGAGAUGA